CGAAACCUAACUCCACUCCCCUCCUUUCGCUCAAAAAAAAAAAAAAACUCCAGUCCCCUCCUCUCAAUACCAGCGGCGGCGGACGGCAGCAGCGGGCUGAGAAGCUCCCGGCAUCCCCUCCUCCUCCUCUCAAUCUCAAGCGACUGGCGGCGGCCAUCGGCUGCGGACGUCGACGGCGGGCUGAGCAGCUCCCCUUCCCCAGGUGACCGCCGUCCCCCCCUUCCCAGGUCGCCAGCCUCCACCGGAUCCCGGCGACGAGCCCGGCCUCCACUCCGACCUAUGAGCAAUCAAAAACCAUCACAAGCAAAGGCGGCAAGGCCAAUGGAGCCGCCUUCCCCACGCGCGGCGCUGGAGAACUUGACGCUGGUGGAUGCCGAUGCCCUCGACUGCGGUGUCUGCUUCCUCCCGCUCAAGCCGCCCAUCUUCCAGUGCGUGGUGGGCCACGUGCUGUGCUCGCAGUGCCGCGACAAGCUGGCCUCGGCGCGGAUCUGCCACGUCUGCCGAGCUCCGAUGGAAGGCGGCUACCGCCGAAGCCACGCCAUGGAGAAGCUGGUGGAGUCCAUCCGGGCGCCGUGCCCCAACGCCCCCUACGGGUGCGCUGCCAAACCGGCAUACCACGACCUCCAGCCUCACAUCCAGACCUGCCUGCACGCGCCGUGCCACUGCCCUGAAGAAGCAUGCGGCUUCAUUGGCAGCACGGAGACGCUGCUGGUCCACUUCACUGCAGAGCACGGGUGGCCGUGCACCACCGAUGUCCGCGCCGAGGAGUCGUUCCACAUGGAGCUCCGCGAGGGCUUCAAUGUCAUCGACCUCGACGCCGACAGAAAGCUGCUGUUCCUGGUAAUGGUGUCACCUGAGCGCCUCGGGCGGGCCAUCUCCGCUGUAUGCGUACGUCCUCCUCGAGCCGACGGCGAUGAACCGGUCUUCUAUGGGCUCGAGCUGGAGUUCGACCGCCCCAGUCGAUGGCAUGGUGACCGCCAGAAAUCCUGUUUCGACGUAGAAUGCACUGAUCUCUCCGAUGGGCUGCCGAAUGCCGACGACCGCUUCCAGUUCCUCGUGCCCCAUCUUAUUGUUCUACCAUAUGACGACGAUCCCAUCAACAUCAGAGCCUGUAUUUACACCCAGAUCCGGUAGUUCUGUGCUGGCCGGCUAGGGCCACAAACUGCCUAUGUCAAAGUUGUGUUUCGAUUUGCGUCGAGGCUUGAGCUUGAUGAUGGAUAUCAAAAAUUGGAAAUGCAGAACUCUUACAUGAA